AUGCAGAUGCACAAGGACAGUGGAAGUAAUUUCCUUAAUCUUGCUGCUGCAUUGAAGAUCAUCCUUGGUCAAACCAUCAAGGAUGCUGAUAUUCCACAAGCGAAACACAUCCUUCAUGAAUAUUUGAUUAAGUUCAUCAAGUGUACAGAUUCUGGACAUUCCUGUUUGAAAGGCUCAACAAACUACUCUACAAACAACCAUGGCACAGGAGAACUUGAGGUCAGCUUCUUCCAUGCAUUUGAGAAGGAUCAAGAGCUUCAAAUGAUGCUUGGUAACAUAUUAGCAGCUGAAAAGUUGGCAGAUGAGAAUGACAGAUCAGUCAUUGAUUGCAUUCAGCUGAUGUUAGCUACAGAUAGCAACACCCUGAGUCGAGUGUUGAUGGGCUCCAACUCAGUGAACAUCCAAUUUUGCCUGGGCACACACACAAAAUCUGGACUAUCACACAAUCAGCAACACCAGCUUAUCAUUCACUACCAGAACACCAACCCACAAGCUUGCAUUGUCAGCAUUAUGACCCAUGCAAGCACAGAAAAUUCAGACCUGAACUAUCUCCUUACACACACAAAUUUUUACAACUAUAUUAUACUUGAUGGUUGA